GGUUCUGCAGUAAAUAAUAAUAAUAGUUACUAGUUUGUGGUAGUACAAUGCAUUUUUAAAAUAAUGUAGAAUCGUGUGCGCCAUGCUGCGAAUUAAACCAAAUUAAAUGUGCGUGGUGGGCAGUCUGGUGAUGUCCACAAACAACAUAAAGGAUUCAUACGAAACAUUUUAUUCCACCGUUAAACGUUGACGUUUCGUGCGAGGAUAAAAUAAUGGUAAAAAAAAAAUCGCGUUAAGACAAAUGUCAUCAUCAACCAAAAAUGUGUGAUUCACAUUGAGUGGCGGAGUGAUUUCGAAAGUAACGAAAAGUGACUUAACAUUUCGGACGCCUACUAAAAGUAGUUCCGACCGUUCAGAACGAGGUAUUUUUAUUUAAAGAAUGAAAGGGGUACAGGAAAAUGAAGAAUUAAGGCCGGCACAGCGUCAUGGUUCCAGAUGACAAAUCCAACCCAGAGUUGGAAAAUGAGGUAGAGUCGUCAAAGGUGCUGAAACAUUACCCACGCUACGGCUCCAUCGUGGGAGACACCUGCCCCACUUGUCGCGGCACUGGACGAAUUCCAAGAGGCAACGAAGACCAGUUGGUUGCCGUUAUCCCAUGUAACGACAAACGACUCAAACCAAGACACACGAAGCUGUACGUGUGCGUGACCAUGGCGCUGUGUCUCUUCCUGAGCUGCCUCAUCCUCUUUUUCCUCUUCCCCCGGAGCGUCACGCUGUCCCCCUUGUCCGUGCUGUCCGUCAUGGUCUACUUCAGCCCGGACACGGUGCAAAUGGAGGUCACGAACCUCAUCAGCGUCACCAAUGACAACUUUGUUCCAGUGCAAAUCGUGGGGCUGGAUGUUCAGGGUCUAAUCUCUCGUGUGGUGGUGAGCAAAAUCAAGUUUUCCAACAUGUCUUCCAUCCCAUCACGCUCGGAAAAAUCGUACACAUAUCAAAUUGGCCUGCCCAUUAAUGAAAAAGGCCUCAGCACUUUCUGCCAAUCCACUUCAAUAAAGAUCCACACCCUAUUCGUGGAACUGCAGAUUACCAUGAACAUCUCUUACUUGUCCCACACGGAGCAGCUGUCCGUGGAUACCUUUGAGUACAUUGACUGCGGUACCAACUCCACCUCACCGCACCCUGUCAGAUGAGCUCGCACAAGUAACCAAAGUGUAUGAAUGUGUGUUUUGGGUGGGGCUUUCAACCCAUCUAACAGUGGGUUACAACCAUGCAAUUAGAAUGCAUGAGCAUUUUUCUUUUCUUUCUGAACAAAGUCACCAACUUGUCGAAUGUCUCUAAAAGUUGAUCCUGAAAGAUUAAUCUGAGGUACGGGGGGCUGUAUUUAGAUUUUUUUUCAUGCUUUGAUAACAAUUGUGUGCGUGGUGUGUUGGUCUCGACCACUUACAGUACACUAAAAGUGGUAAGUGGAUUUUUUUUUUUUUUCCCCUUGUGGGUUUACAUUUUGAAAAUUGUUAAAAAUCACAAUGUGAGUAUCCCUCUUUACUGCAACCAAAGAAGCACCUUUGUGGCACUUAAAUGGAAGUUUAACAUGACUUGUUCGGGAGAAAGAUUGUGUGAUUGUUGCACUUUAUUGUUGCCAAGUCAAUUUCAGCUGAUUGACAUUGAAGGGAGAACUUUAGGUAAAUAUUAAAAUGUGAUAAAUAUCCAGUAUUUGGAUGACAAAUGGAUUUGUAAUAUGACAGUAUUCACGAAAAUCACCUUGAUAAAUCCAUGUGUCACACUGUUUAAUCUGCUGUUUUAUUCAUUUAAUAAAUUGUUUUGUACUGCAAAAAUAUU